AUGCCAAACGACGCCCAGGCCAGGCGUUUGUCUGGCAUCUGCUUUGAGGAGGAGGUGCUCGUGCACAUGCGCAAGCAUGCGGUUGCCUCGUUUGCAGUGCUGGAUGCCUGCCGCAGCCCCACGCAAACAAGGCAAGUCUCUGCUGGUGGCAGCUCGUAUCUCACAUGCGAUGUUGGGUGGGGCUCAGCCUCAGCUAUCGUGGAUUACUUCAAUUCUGGCGGCUCACCAGAUGACCUAGAGACACGGGAAUGUGGCAGCGAGCAGCCACCAUCAGGGAAUGCUCUACGUCCCGGUGGCGCGUACGUGUGCUGGGCCACGAGCCCUUACAAGGCAGCGCUCGUCAAGAGCGGGUACACGGGCCACCUGGUUAAGUACCUCUUCGACGAAAGGUUGAGCGUCCUGGAGGCAGUCGGCAAAGCAUGUGGCCAGGUUGAGGCAGGAGGCGCGCAAUGCCCGCGUGCGGAGAUGCUCGGGGACAUUGCGCGGGCAGUUGCUAAGCCCCUGGUGUGUAUCGUGGAUGUGUUAUACAUGCAUGAUGUACGAUGUACGACAUAG